CUGUCAUGCUGAGUGCACCUCACACACACUAGUCAGAGCAUUCCGGCAACGAUUACUCCCUCUUUAUUCUCAAGUCCAUCAUUUAUGACAGCAUUGUGUGAAACGAGGUCCGCUCCGUUAUAGGUAACGUACAUAAAGAGAAGAUACACAGGUGGCACUGCAGCUGCUGUGCCACUCUGUGCAACGUUAGUGGCGACACUUGGCUAACUAACGUUGGCUAAUUGCCUCUUGCUGCUGCUGCUGCUGCUGCUAUUGUUUGUUGUUGCAGUCGCUCAUCAAACAAAUCACAGAUGUUGUAGAUCAAGCCCUCUAAGUUUUGUCGUUGCAGAUUGUCGUUGUGUCAAUACUUGUUGAGAGGCAGUGUGAGCUAAGAGGUGAAUGCAGUCAAGCUUUUCUGAAACACUGGGGUUGUUGGUGUGGCCAAAUUUUCCCUGGAUUUGACUGGUAAAUUCAGAAGACUGAAGCCCAGGCUCACAGUCUACCUUUCACGGAGGCCCAGCCGUGAGAGGACUGAGGAAGGCACGUGGCGGAUCAUGACGGCCGACAAAGAGAAGGAGCGGGAGAAAGAGCGGGACAGGGACAGAGACAGGGAUCGGGACAAGAGAGAGUCCGGUAAGUCCCGCCGGCAGGACGGCGACCGCGAGAGCGAGAGCUCCAGGCCCCGGCGCAGCUGUACGCUGGAGGGCGGGGCCAAGAACUAUGCAGAGAGCGAACACAGCGAGGACGAGGACAACGACAACGGGAGCACAGGCGGAGGGAGCGGCACGGCCGAGGAGGGCGGCAAGAAGGGCAAGAAGAAGACGCCGAAGAAGAAGUCGCGCUACGAGCGCACGGAGAACGGCGAGAUCACGUCCUUCAUCACAGAAGACGACGUUGUUUACAGACCAGGAGAUUGUGUCUACAUCGAGAGCCGGCGGCCCAACACUCCCUACUUCAUCUGUAGCAUUCAGGAUUUCAAGCUGAGUAAACGGGACCAUCUGCUGAUGAAUGUGAAGUGGUACUACCGCCAGUCAGAGGUGCCCGACUCCGUCUACCAGCACCUGGUGCAGGAUCGCAACAACGAGAACGACUCUGGCCGGGAGUUGGUCAUCACAGACCCGGUGGUCAGAAGUCGAGAGCUCUUCAUCUCCGACUACGUGGACACUUAUCAUGCUGCUGCUCUCAGGGGGAAAUGCAACAUUUCCCAUUUCUCCGACAUAUUUGCUGCCAGGGAGUUCAAAGCCCGCAUCGACUCCUUUUUCUACAUCCUGGGAUACAACCCCGAGACCAGGCGACUAAACAGCACACAAGGGGAAAUCCGAGUGGGACCCAGUCACCAAGCCAAGCUCCCCGAGCUGCAGCCUUUCCCUUCUCCUGCUGGCCAGGCCGUGACGGAGAACGAGGAGCUGGUCUGGAUGCCGGGGGUCAAUGACUGUGAUCUUCUCAUGUACCUCAGAGCCGCAAGGAGCAUGGCUGCCUUCGCAGGAAUGUGCGACGGAGGCUCAACAGAAGACGAAUGUUUAGCAGCCUCUCGAGACGACACUACAUUAAACGCACUUAACACUCUUCACGAGAGCAGCUACGAUGCAGGAAAAGCUCUCCAGCGUCUGGUGAAGAAGCCUGUGCCCAAACUGAUAGAGAAGUGCUGGUCUGAGGAUGAAGUGAAGCGCUUCAUUAAAGGGUUGAGACAGUUCGGCAAAAACUUCUUCAGGAUCCGAAAGGAGCUGCUGCCCAACAAAGAAACGGGAGAACUUAUCACCUUCUACUACUAUUGGAAGAAGACCCCCGAGGCAGCAAGUUGUCGAGCCCACCGCAGACACCGCCGCCAGCCCGUCUUCCGUCGCAUCAAGACGAGAACCGCUUCGACUCCUGUCAACACUCCCUCACGCCCCCCCUCCAGCGAGUUCUUGGACCUCAGCUCGGCCAGUGAAGAUGACUUUGACAGCGAGGACAGCGAACAGGAGCUAAAGGGCUACGCCUGCCGCCACUGUUUCACUACCACCUCCAAGGACUGGCACCACGGGGGUCGGGAGAACAUCUUGCUGUGCACAGACUGCCGCAUUCACUUCAAGAAGUACGGUGAACUGCCUCCCAUUGAGAAGCCUGUGGACCCGCCGCCAUUUAUGUUCAAACCUGUCAAAGAGGAAGAGGAUGGACUCAGCGGGAAGCAUAGCAUGAGGACCCGACGGAACAGAGGCUCGAUGUCGACGCUACGUAGUGGUCGUAAGAAGCAGACAGCCAGUCCCGAUGGCAGAACCUCGCCUACAAACGAGGACCUGCGCUCCAGCGGACGCACCUCUCCCAGCGCGGCGAGCACGGACAGCACAGACAGCAAGACAGACUCCAUGAAGAAGCCCAGCAAGAAGAUUAAGGAGGAGGCUCCUUCACCUAUGAAGAGUGCCAAGCGGCCUCGAGAGAAGGGAGCCUCUGACACAGAGGAGCCCGAGAGGGCCGGCGUCAAAAAGUCCAAGACACAAGAGCUGAGUCGUCCAGACUCGCCAUCAGAAUGCGAGGGUGAAGGCGAGGGCGAGAGCUCGGAUGGCCGCAGCAUCAACGAGGAGCUCAGUAGCGAUCCUAAAGACAUUGACCAGGACAACCGGAGCUCCUCCCCGAGCAUCCCCAGCCCCCGGGACAACGAGAGCGACUCUGACUCGUCUGCCCAGCAGCAGCAGCUCUUGCAGAGCCAGCACCCUGCAGUCAUCCAGUGUCAGCCGGGCACGUCAUCUGCCUCCUCUGCGCCGCCUCCGCCUGCAGCCGCGGCCCCCUCACUGCCCCCACAGGUUUCCCCCAUAGUGGCCUCCACCUCUCUACCUCCCCUGCCUCUGCCCCAGGCAAGCCCUUUGUCUCUUAUCCAGUCGGGCGCGUCCCUCCACCCUCAGAGGCUGCCCUCUCCACAUUCACCGUUGACUCAGGCUCCGCCUCCUGGACUCCCGAUACCACCUCAGUCGUUACCCAGCUCGCAUCAUGGGCCCAUGCUGAUGCCUCCCUUGCCACAUCCCCUUCAGCCUGGCCCCUCACACAUGCCUCACCCUCUCUCCAUGCCCCUCCAGGGCUUCCCAAUGGGUCAGUCUCAGGUCCCACCCCUGCCAAUCUGUGGCCAGUCACAGCAGAGGCCGCACACUCCUCCUUCCCAGUCAUCUGCUCAGAGUGGCCAGCCUCCCAGAGAGCAGCCCCUUCCCCCUGCCCCGAUGUCCAUGCCCAUGCCCCACAUAAAGCCCCCGCCAACCACACCCAUCCCUCAGAUGCCCAACCCUCAGUCCCACAAACACCCGCCCCACGCGUCGGCACCUCCGUUCCCUCAGAUGCCUUCAAACCUGCCGCCGCCCCCCGCGCUCAAGCCCCUCAGCUCUUUAUCCACACACCAUCCUCCAUCAGCACACCCGCCUCCCCUACAGCUCAUGCCUCAGGGGCAACAGCUUCAGCCCCCACCAGCACAGCCACCAGUUCUCACUCAGUCCCAGAGCCUCCCGCCGUCAGCCAGCCACCAACCUCCUCCAGCUCCUCCUCUGCCACCCUCCGCAGCAGCCUCACACUCGAGUGGGCCGCCGCAGCCACCGUUCUCGUCUCAUCCUUUCAGCACAGUUCUACCUCCGACUGGCCCUCCCCCAUCCUCAUCAAACUCUAUGCCUGGCAUUCAGCCUCCAUCUUCCUCCGCCCCGCCGUCCUCCAUCUCCAUGCCGCUGCCUGCCUCGGUCGCUUGUGCCGGCCCGGUACUCCCGCCCGUACAGAUCAAAGAGGAGCCUUUGGACGAGUUAGAAGAGCCGGAGAGUCCUCCACCCCCCCAGAGGAGCCCCUCCCCGGAGCCUACCAUCAUCAGUACGCCCACCCAUGCCAGCCACGCCAGCCAGUCUGCACGGUUCUACAAGCACCUGGACCGGGGUUACAACUCUUGUGCUAGGACAGAUUACUACUUCACUCCACUGGCUUCAUCGAAACUGGCCAAGAAGCGGGAGGAAGCUCUGGAGAAAGCCAAGAGGGAAGCAGAGCAGAAACUGAGGGAAGAGAAGGAGAGAGAGCGGGAAAGGGAAAAAGAGCGGGAACGAGAGCGGGAGCGGGAAAAAGAAGCAGAGCGGGCGGCGAAAGCCUCCAGUUCAUCUCACGACAGCCGGAUGUGUGAACCUCAGAUGGCUGGCCACUCCCACAUGCGCUCACCCUAUGACCCGCCCACCACUAUCGCAGCAGUGCCUCCGUACAUCGGGCCCGACACCCCGGCCCUACGCACCCUCAGCGAGUACGCCCGACCCCACGUCAUGUCCCCCACCAAUCGAAACCACCCUUUCUUUGUGUCCCUCAACCCUGGCGACCCGCUGCUGGCCUAUCACAUGCCCGGCUUGUACAACGCCGACCCAGGCAUGCGCGAGCGCGAGCUACGAGAACGGGAGAUGCGUGAGAGGGAGAUUCGCGAAAGGGAGCUGAGGGAACGGAUGAAACCUGGUUUUGAGGUUAAGCCUCCGGAGAUGGACUCCCUUCACCCCUCCACUAACCCCAUGGAGCACUUUGCCCGGCACGGGGCCAUCACGUUACCCCCCAUGGCCGGGCAUCACCCCUUCGCCUCUUUCCAUCCAGGCCUGAACCCAUUAGAGCGCGAGCGGCUGGCCCUUGCUGCCGGGCCCCAGCUGCGGGCGGAAAUGAGCUACCCAGAGAGGUUGGCUGCAGAGAGACUCCACGCUGAGAGGAUGGCCACGGUGGCCAACGAUCCCAUCGCCCGUCUACAGAUGUUCAAUGUCACGCCACACCACCACCAGCACUCGCAUAUUCACUCCCAUCUACACCUCCACCAGCAAGACCCGCUGCACCAAGGUGGCGGCGAAUGUCUUGUGUGUCCUCCGGGCUCUGGGGGCCACCCCCUGGCAAUGGAUCCCCUGGGAGGAGGACCUCACCUGGCUCGCUUCCCUUACCCGCACGGCGCCAUCCCCAACGCUCUGCUCGGCCAGAAUCCGCACGAACACGAGAUGCUGCGCCACCCGGUUUUCGGAACUCCGUACCCACGAGAGCUGCAGGGAGGUCUGCCCCCGCCCAUGUCUGCCGCCCACCAGCUGCAGGCCAUGCAUGCCCAGUCUGCUGAGCUGCAGAGGCUGGCCAUGGAGCAGCAGUGGCUCCACGGACACCAUCACAUGCACGGAGGACCACUGCCGGGUCAGGAGGACUACUACAGCCGGCUGAAGAAGGAGAGUGACAAGCAGCUGUAACCAGCCAAGGAAGUUGGCGACUUGACGGGUGCAGGACGCAGGAAGUUGUUCAUUCAGUCUUGAAGAACGGAAAAUGCCAAGUGGAUCGUCUGAGAAUUCUUCUGAUUUUUGUUUCUUGUUCCUAUCAAGGACAUUUUUUGAUUAUCAUUUUUUCAAGACAUAGACUUUCUUUGGUAUAUAGCCAGUAGUGACAACGUCCUCAAGACUCGUGCAUGACAAGCUUCCCUGACAUUUUUGUGUAGGUGCUAGAACAUGACACUGUGCUUCACAAUAAAAAAAAAGACAAGACCGGUCAGGCCGUUUUAUGGAAAAAUAACAAGUGCUAUCUUAAACUCAACAUUUAUUUUAAUACAUUGUUGGAGGUUUUUCAUAAUUUUAAGAAAAAGCUACAGCAUGGCGUUUUUUGAGUCUGUAAAUAGUAUAUAUAAACAUAUAAUUAUUAUUAUAAUUAUUAUUAUUACUAGGUGUGGACUCCGAACCAAGUCGUUUCAACCUCCAAUAUAAUUGUUUUGAAGCAUUAUCCCUUGUUUCAGAGGGGAGCACCAUGGCAUUAUAUGAGCAGUUCCUGGGAGUAACGUUCCUCUGACGUCACUGUGUUUAGAUUUAGUCCCACAUCAACUAUGUAACCCAUAACCCCGUCACACCCACAGCCAUCCGUCACGCACCCGGGACACGCCGCGGGUUGUGAGAAUGUGUCAACUCAACGCGUUGAGUUAAUGAUGUGAAACUUGAAGAGGUGACACGGGAGUCACCGGGGUUUCUGUCGAGUGCACCCUGAAGCCAUGGAUUCAAAAGAAAACACGCGUUUGCACUGAGAGAGUUUGUUAAAGCUCCACUCGAUUGCUUUUAUCCUUUCACUUCAAAUCUUUUAAGUCCACACAUUUGGAGUAAAACAUAACUUUUUGUUUCUACAGAGGAUGAGUUCAAUUAUGAUUUUAAACAUAUGGAACAUAUUUGGCUGAGCUGAAGUUUUUUUUUAAAAUAUAUAUAACAAGGACCUGUUCACUAUAUCAGGAGGCCAUCAGGACUUCAGGAUUGUUUUAAUGUGUGAAUGGUUGUGACUCGGUGCUGGUUGUGUUGUGGUCGUCCCCUUUUCUUCAGCCGGUGCAGUCACCGAAUGUUUGUUUCAGUCCGACCGAGUCGUCCUCCGACUGGACUGUAAUAAUGUUCACUGUGACACUAGAGGGGGGGUCUGCCGACACGUGAUGACCAAGAGGUGGAGGGUCGACCGUGUGUGUGUGUGUGUGUGCGUGCGUGCGUGUGUGUGUGUGUGUGUGUGUGUGUGCGUGUGCGCGCCACUGACUGUUACAAGUUGUGUUGGCCUGUCAUACCAGUGCACAUGAGUUGUUGUUUUUUACUCUUCACGCCACAAUGAGUUCUGCUUUUGUUCCACACACUAAGACUGUUUGACCUUCAUGGACCUUAAACCCUACUUGCAUUUAAAAGUGACCAUAUCCUCAUAUCUUGGAGCACUAUGAAUUACAUUUGAACACUUGCAGAAAUCGUCAAAAUUUCCCGUUUAACAUCCCUAAAAAAAGUCUUUGACAAGAACCCGUCGUUUUGUCUCGCCAUCUCCCACCUGCCGUCUCUCUCCUGACGACGUACUCCUCACAUCUUUGCCUCGUUUUCCUGACGAUUCCCUUGCCUUUUACUCUUUUUGUGUCUCCGGAACCUUUGAUGUUAAGUGUUGUCAAUGGUUUAGCUUCUUGUUUCAAAGCGGCAAUAGCAGAAUGUAGAUUCUGACUGCUAAGAUUUAUAUAUAUACUGGUAUCUUGAAGCUUAUUGUAUAUAUGAGUAGUCGCCAUGGGAUGACACAAUGUAAACAAAAAGUAGAAAUAAGAAAAAUUGUGAGUCCUGUGUUCUCUCCAUUUGAGUAUUUUGUAAUUUUUUUGAAAAAUUUGUGGAAUUAAAAUAAACGACUAAGUUACACCACAAGAAA